AUGAGUGCUACUCAGAGUCAGUCAACACUGGAAUCCAAACUACAGGCUCUGCAGUGUCACUUCACCUGGGACCUGGACCCCAGCAGGUCGAAACUUCUCUGUGUCAGGGACAAUCUGGAGGACAUUGGCACCCAGGAGGGAUACAGUUGGCUGGGUUAUAUUUACAACCUGCAGGGAUUCAUCCACUGCCGGUUGGGCUUCCUCAAAGAUGCCCGUUGUUUCUUCUGCAGGGCCACAGAGGCCUUCCGCCAGAUAAGAAACACGGUCUCAGAUGAAGGUCAGUGGUUGGUGGUGAGCUAUGGGAACCUGGCUUGGCUGCACCACCACUUGGGAGAACAGGCACAGAGUCAGGGUUACAUAUCAAAGGUUGAUGCCCUGAUAAAUGAAUACGCAUCGCCAUCUCCUGAUGAGCUCCAUCCAGAGAUAUAUGCUGAAAAAGCAUGGACCCUGAUGAAGUUUGGCAAAGACAACAACCUGCUGGCUGCAGAUUACUUCCAGAGAGCCAUUAGAAUGCAGCCGGGCAUGGUGGAGUGGCAGACCAGCCAUGUCAUAGCAUUAGUGAAUUCCUGUAAUCACCAGAACAAAAACCUUGGGGCUGACAUCAUGGAGAAAGUUAAACUUACCAAAGAACAGGAUCAGGCCAACUUGUACCUUGCUGCCCUUUACCUUGAGGCCUGUGCUGACAAGGGAAUAAACAUUGAAUAUGAAGCACGUGAGCUGGCUAGGAGGGUUUUAAGAAAGGCAGUCAGCAGCUACAGUGGUAUCGAACCCCUACUAAGGCUGUACAGAAGAUAUUUAUCCAUGGAUGAAGCUGUUGAUUUGGCAGAGGAGGCACUGGAAAGACAUCCGGAUGAACGUUAUCUGAAGAGAUGUGCUGCAACAUGCUACAAAUGGAGGAUCUUGUCUCAGAAGGACAACCCUCUGGAGCACAGCAUGAUCAACAGAGCCAUCAGUCUCUGCAAGGAAGUGAUUUUUCUUUAUCCCCAUUCUUCAUUUAAAAUGCAAAUAACUCUUGCAAACAUAUAUGCUCAGUCAAAUACCACCCAAGCUGCAGCAGACCAGAUAUAUGAGGAACUGCUACAAAGUGAUCUGGAUCCUGAAGAGGCACAAAGGCUUUACAACUACUAUGCAAAAUAUUUACAUUUCAAUCGAAAAGAGAUCCACAAGUCGAUAGAAUUUCACAUGAAGGCAGCCGCUAUACCUCAACAAUCUCCCUACCGUGACAACAGCAUUAGAUAUCUAGAAAAGAUUAGAGAAAAAAACAGAAAUCGAAUGUGUGGAGAAAUACAGGAGUUUCUGGAUAAGCUGCAACAAUAA